UUUUCCUAGGUGGGUUAUGUAGUAAUUAUUUUCUUUGGCGAUUAGCUCAUUCUAAUCAUAAUUAAAACCUAAACCACCAAAGAUGAGUUCAGUCACACCAAUGACAGGAGAAGAGAGAAGACAAAAACACAUCCAAGAACAAAACAGAUGCAACCUCCCCACUUCAACUGCUUCACAAUCUCCUUGCUAUUUAAAGAGCAAUUCCACAAUCCAAGAUCCUCAUCCUCAGCUAUCAGUUCCUGCAAAAGAAAACGAUCUUCAAGAUGAUAAAGAGAUCACGGGUUUUGCUUUCCUCUGCAAUCUUGUUCACAGUUGCCGUUUUCACGGCAACAUCUGCGGCAGCAGUUGAUCCCGCGCCAGAACCUGUUUUCGAGCUGUAUAUGCACGAUAUACUCGGGGGAAGCAGUCCUACAGCGAGACCCAUCACGGGUCUGCUCGGGAAUAUCUACAACGGUCAAGUACCCUUUGCUAAGCAGGCCGCGAGGUGGGCCCACGCGCCGCCGCUCGAUUUGCUUGGCUCCGUGGAAACGAAAACUACUCUUCCGACAGUUAAUGGCCUCAACGGUGUGCCCUUGGGAACUGGCUUGUCUGGUACAGCCUUUUCCGGAAACUCUGGUCAGAACCCUAACGGGAUUCUGACACAAUUGGGUCCCGAUGGUCUUAGCCUUGGGUUUGGCACGAUCACUGUGAUCGAUGAUAUACUAACUUCCGGUCCUGACUUGGGUUCUCAGCCGCUCGGUAAGGCACAGGGAGUCUAUGUGGCCAGCUCUGCAGACGGGUCCACCCAGAUGAUGGCAUUCACAGCUAUGUUGGAAGGUGGAGAGUACAAUGACAACCUCAACUUCUAUGGAGUCUACAGAAUUGGAAGUGCCAUGUCGCAUCUCUCCGUGACAGGCGGGACGGGCAGAUUCAAGAACGCUUGCGGGUUUGCUGAGAUUCGGCCAUUAAUCCCGCCUGGUCAGCACGUCAUAGAUGGAGCAGAAUCUCUCCUGAGGAUCAUCGUCCAUCUGAAAUACUGAAAACAAAAUGUGUAUUCCCAAGAAAAAAAAAAGAUUUCAACUUUGUGCAUGUGUGUGUGUGUUUGAAUGUGUGUUCUGCAUGUAUGAAUGAGGAAGUUUCAUUAUUGUUAAUGCUACUGCAACUGGUUGAAGUAUUUCAGUGAA